UACUUUCGUGUGCGGCGUUAAACAAACAAACAAACAAACAACGACACGUGUAUCCAACCUUUUUUGCCUGAGCUCACAUCCUGAACCCUCUUACAUAUAAGAUCAUCUAACACAAUAUCAUGCUCAGUCCUAUGACCUUAUCAAGGUAACAACAGAUCCAUACUGUAUACUGCACAACAUAGCACAGCAGUACUUAUUGACGCAACCUUUACACCAAUACUACAACGAAAACUCAACCCUAUUGAUACCAUGUUUUCAUGUUGCAACAGGCUAAAACCUACUAUUUCAAACUUUAGAAUUGCCAACACAAAGGCGUUUUAAAAGCAUGCAUAUAACGAUUUCAAUGCACUGCCUUCUAUCAGCAACGUGUGUCUCACACGUGCAUAGAUAUCAUCGUAACUCACUGUCAGUAGAGACGGCAGAUUGUGUACGGCUCAGGUAUUAACGCAAUGAAUGUCCUACGUCACAACAUCAAUGCAAUACGAGCAUUAACGUCAGAUUCCAUCCUCCAUAAUGAAUGCAGAGAAGGGAACCUUUACAAUGUGAGAAAACUAUUGACCACGAAUGCAGUGAACGUCAACAAACGAGGCCUGUAUGGCUGGCCACCACUUUUGACAGCAGCAUGGUGUGGAGAUACAGACAUGUUGGACUGCAUCAUGAACAAAGGGGGUGACGUGUCAGUGGUUGAUUACGGCGGUGACAACAUCCUUCAUGUGGCCUGUAACGGAGGGAAUGAGCAUAUGGUUAACUACGUCUUAUCCAUGGACAUCGUCGACGUUAACAGCAGAGGACAAUGCGGAAGGACACCAGUGAUGGUGGCAGCAUUAGGUGGACAUCAGAGAAUGGUGACUAUACUGUUGAAUGAAGGCGCCGAUUUAUCCUGCGUUGAUGACGAGGGUAGUAGUAUGCUCCAUGUUGCAUGCUGUGGAGGUGAUGUUGAGACGGUGAAGUAUGUCCUGUCGAGAGGAUAUACGCGUGUGGAUGGAAGGAAUCGCAACGGCUGGACAGCAUUGAUGUGUGCAGCAUGGGCCGGACAAAGGGGUGCAUUUGAUGCGCUUGUGAGUGCAGGAUGUGAUGUAUCAGCGGUUGAUAACAACGGUAAUACAAUCCUUCACGUGGCUUGCCUUGGGGGUAAUGUUGAUAUUGUGAAAUAUGUCCUCGUUGACAUCAGUGAUGACGUAAACUGCAGGGGCCAAUAUGGAUGGACACCGGUGAUGAUAGCAGCAGGGCGAGGGUACAGGGGCUUGUUUGACUUUCUUGUGAGUAAGGAUGUUGAUCUGUCACUCGUUGGUGACGAUGGUAACACCAUCCUUCACAUGGCAUGUCUUGGUGGGGAUGUUGAGAUCGUGCAAUAUGUUCUCAGAGAGAUACAAAUGGACAUCAACGUGGCAGGCCAUGAAGGAAUUACCCCGGUGAUGAUAGGAGCCAGGACGGGGAAUCAGCUAUUAUUUGAUCUACUUGUAAGUAAAGGAGCCGAUGUGUCCAUCAUUGAUCACCACAGGAACAACGUCCUUCACAUGGCCUGUACAGGAGGUGAUGAUGUUAUGGUCACAGACAUUCUCCUUCUGAAACAAUUCAGCAUCAAGAGUAGAGGACAAAACGGGAUGACGCCAAUCAUGUUCGCAUCCCGAAGGGGACACGUGGGUGUGUUUGACGUGCUACUGAGCCAAAAAGAUGAUGUUUCAGUCAAAGAUGAUGAUGGUAACAACAUCCUCCAUCUGGCAAGUCUUGGUGGUGAUGAUGCCAUGACACACCAUGUCCUCAUCGAGACCUCCAUUGACAUCAACAGUAGAGGCAAGUUGGGCCGAACACCGGUGAUGCUCGCAGCACAGUGUGGACACAAAGGUGUAUUUGAUGUUCUUUGGAACACAGGAGCGGACGUAUCACUUUUCGAUGAUGAAGGUAACACCGCCCUUCAUCUGGCCUGCUCGGGUGGGAAUGAUGAAAUGGUACAUUACAUUCUUUUACAUACCAAAUUUGAUGUGAACAGUAGAGGCAAGUGCGGAAGAACUCCAGUGAUGGUGGCAGCAGAGUUCGGGCACAGAGGAGUCUUUGAUAUUCUUCUGAGACAAGGCUGUGAUCUAUCACUGAUUGAUGAUGACGGUAACACCAUCCACCAUGUAGCCGCCAUUGGCGGGCACGUGGACGUUAUGAAAUACCUUGUCUCACAGGACAUUGAGGGUGCAAACGCCAAGAAUAACCAUGGGUCAACGGCAGCUAUGAUAUCGAGUGAAAGACAGUGAGUGUAUCAGUUAUACUGAGAACAGAGUGAUUUUGGAGAAAUGGGUAUGGUGCUGACAUAAUCAGGUCGAAUCUUGAAUUCGAACCCUCGAUCAUGGCUUUCUGGCACGCCUAAGGGACGCAACCCUCAAUAGGGAAUUGCGCCACCGAAGACGACUGGGCCACCUACCUAACAGUAGCGAAAAUAAUUCACUUACCGGUACACAUACGAAGAUAGAGUGCCUCUUAAUUUAUCCUUACCAUAACGAUAUGCUCAUACGAUUGGACAAUCAGAGGUU